CUUUCCACCAUCUUGAGCUCAACACACUCAACUAGAAGCUUGCUUAGGAGCCAUUGUAGCAAAGUAGCAAAAUGGCUAGACCUAGUUGCUUUUCUUCUUAUAUGGUCAUCCUCACAUUAGCUUUCCUUGUGAUCUUCACAAGUCACUCCUCAGCUAAACUCUCAACAAAUUUUUACUCCAAGAGUUGUCCAAAAGUCUUCGGCGUAGUGAAAUCUGUUGUUCAAUCUGCAGUGUCGAAAGAGCGCCGGAUGGGUGCUUCUCUUGUUCGCUUGUUCUUUCAUGAUUGUUUUGUUAAAGGUUGUGAUGGGUCAAUACUUCUGGAGGAUACUUCCUCUUUCACUGGAGAACAAACUGCACGUCCAAAUAAUAAUUCUGUGAGGGGAUUUAAUGUUGUUGCCAAGAUUAAGUCUCGGGUGGAGAAAGUCUGCCCAGGCGUAGUUUCAUGUGCUGAUAUCGUAGCCAUUGCUGCUCGUGACUCUACUGUGAUUCUUGGAGGUCCAUUUUGGAAUGUAAAACUUGGAAGAAGGGAUUCAAAGACAGCUAGCCUUUCUGCUGCCAACAGUGGGGUCAUCCCUCCUCCAACUUCUACGCUUAGCAACCUCAUCAAUCGGUUUAAAAGUAAAGGCCUCUCAGUCAAGGACAUGGUUGCCUUAUCCGGAUCCCACACAAUCGGGCAAGCAAGGUGUACAAGCUUUAGAGCACGCAUAUACAAUGAGACCAACAUUGAUAGUUCAUUUGCUACCACUAGGCAAAAGAACUGUCCAUUUCCUGGACCAAAAGGAGACAACAAGUUAGCACCCCUGGAUGUCCAAACUCCUACAGCAUUUGACAACAAAUAUUACAAGAAUCUCAUCAGCCAAAAGGGUCUUCUUCAUUCUGAUCAAGUUCUGUUUAAUGGUGGAUCAACAGAUUCUUUGGUUAGAACCUACAGCCGCAAUCCUAAAACCUUCAGAUCUGACUUCGUCACAGCCAUGAUUAAGAUGGGAGAUAUUGAUCCUCUUACUGGAUCCCAGGGUGAAAUUAGGAAGAUAUGCAGCAAGCGAAAUUAAACUAGAAUGAAGCUUGAUGAUCUCAUUUCUAUCUAUUAAUCAAUUUCCAUAAAUUUGAAAUAUGUUUUUUUUUUUGGUUUGCUGCUAAGGUAAGGUUGAUUGAUUGUUUGCAUGAGAUAUAGAAUGAAAAACUUGAAAUGUAUUCGCAAGUGUGAAAUAUUAUUAGAGGAAUUGAUUUAAAUUUGGAUUGCAACAAUGAAUAAGAGAUAUUAUAUAUGAAAGAGUAUUUUGCUU